AUGCAUACCUCACUGCUGACAGCCACUUUCCUCUCUGUCUUUUCUCUCUCCAACGCCUCCAUCCUCUCCAAACGUCAAGACCUCAGCGGCACCUCCAUCUCAGCAAUCGGCAGCGCCCGCCGCUCGGCAUUCUCUUCCGCCUCCAUGGCUUUCGCCGGCGCAACCCACAUUCCCAACAGUAUAAUCUGUCCUGGAGUCAUUGGCGCCGCUCCCACGCCUUCAGAGCCUCCUGACGAUCAUGUCAGAUUGAGGACCGAUCCUGGCGCUGUCAGUGCUUUGGAGCAGAGACAGAGUAUUAGGCCGCAUGAGAGUAGGGAGGGAAACAGGAGGACCAAGAGGCAUUCGAGCCACACCACUGCACCGGUUGAGNNGGGGGUGGUGGCUAGUGUUACGGAUGUUGCGAAGGCUUCUUAA